AUUCAAAUGAGAGCUGUUGUCGAGCAACGAGAGCUCAUUUAGAAAAAAACGAAAAAAAAUCUUUUGCGUAAAAAAAUUUUCUAAUUUUAUACGAAAACAGAAAAAGAAAUGGAUUAUUUGAGUGAAAAUCGCUAUCAGUUGCUCUUCAUCGACGACGAUGAACUGAUGACUGAUGGCAACGAUGCCGUUGAACCAGUUGCUGGCCAACAGCAGCAACCACAGCAACAGCAACAGCAACAGUCGAAAAAUAAACGCAAUAAGAAUAAGAAUGUGAUUAAGCCGAUCUUGGAGGAGAAGCAAUCGCAGCAGCAACAACAAACACCGCGAGCUGUGCCACAGCAACAGCCACAGCAACAGCAGCAACCAAAGCAGCCACAGCAACAGCCACAGGAGCAAUCAAAGCAACAACCAGAGCAACAGGCACAACAACAGCUAGAUCAACAGCCAAAGGAGCAACCAAAGCAACAAUCACAGCAGCAAGCACAGCAGCAGCAACCAGAACAGCAGCAACCACAGCAGCAGCAGCCACAAUUUCGCUAUAGACAACGCAUCAUCAACAAUAGCAAUCGUUAUGCUGGAGCUGGAGUUGGAGCUGGAUUUGGAGUUGGAGCUGCUGCUUAUCGUGGCAACUCAACUCGCUAUGCAAAAACUUCAUUCGCAGCUAAUAACAACACCAAUAACAACAACAACAACAACAACAACAACUUGGAGACAGAUGAGGGCGAUGGCAACAACACUCAAGUGGUGGAUGACAGAAAAUUCAUAACCGUGGAGCAAUGGAAAGCGAUGCGUGGUGAACGUGUCAAACCCAUUUACAACAUACGCAAACCGGGCGAAGGGGAACUCAAUAAGAAACCCGAUUGGAAGCACAUGACUGUGCUGCAGAAGAACAAAGACAACAACAGCAACAACAAAUCAAAGUUGUCUGAAGGCAAUCAGAAAGGAUCUGAAGAGGAUAAUGGACUCGAUUACGAUGCAUCGAUGUAUCCACAGCGUGUGGGUCGCUUACAGCGCAUCGUUGACAUCGAGUUCAAGUUCAAAGACGAUCGUCGUCGCAGCGGCGCUUAUCGCAGUGGUUGGAUGGUCUCAAGGCCACUAAACGAUAAUGCAGUUCAGCAGCGAACUGCGAAUGAAACUCAGCCAAGUCUAACUCAAGUUGCCAUCAACAACAAUGAUUUUGAGACAGCUUCGGAUCCAAUCAAUAUGAAUGAUGAAGCUGAAUUUCCAACACUUGGUUAACUAUUUAUAUUUUACUCCUUAUACACACACAGGCAAUCCCUCAACAACAAAAAUGAAUUAUCACACAAGCAUCUUUAAAUUACAAAUUACAAAUCGACCACAAUCGCAGGCAGCAGCAAGAUAAACAGCAAUCAUAAGCAUAGAGCAGCGACAACAGCAACAGCAACAGCAAACAGGCAACAGCAAAAAGUAAAAAGCAAAAGAGCAACCAACACAACAAUCAUAACAAUUGACCUUUCACUCCACUCAAGUCCAAAUAAACUUCUAUCUCGCAGCACCCCGAAAGCUGUGCAUCAAAAAAAUGGAAUACAA